GACGGAUGACUGACUGAUAGCCCGCCCCCCGUGUGUAAAUCGCAAUUCGCGUGAUUUUAUUGCUCGUCGUCAUUGGCGCUAUGCACCGCGGUGGCUACCGUAAGCGCAGCGCAGUUUUCCGCGAUCAAAGCUGCUCCCGGUGCAUCCGAAAACACUGAGUUUCCCCCGAUGCGGUCGGUGAACGUGUGGGAACUGCAGUGGUGGCGGUUGGGUUCUCGGCCGUCUUGUUUUGGUUUUUCCUGGGAGGGUUCCUGUUACUCAUUCAUUAGUUUGGAUUAUUAAUGGGCAGCGUAAAUUUUUUGCGAUUCAUUCAGUGUAGUGCGCGCUGGAAGGUGUUCCCGUGAGGUGCUCGUUGUGGCUCGCAGUGUGCAUAGCCGUGCCGCGCGUAGGGCGCGUGGAUAGUCUUAGUGACCUUUUCCCAGCUCGCCAACUCCAUUCAUGCAAUGUUUAGUGAAUAAAGUUCGAGUGAGUGAGAUUGUCGUGAAAAGUGGAGUCGUGGUGAUUGUGCCAAUAAAUGUGGGUUUUGUGAUUGUGUCUUUGAACGUUUUGUUUAUUUGUGCUUUAUCGACAUUUUCUUGGAUUAGCUGCUUUCCAGCGAGAAAUAUCCUUGGCGGUCUCCCCUAUAUAGACAUACUAUACAAUUCACAACGAAGAAAGAAUUUAUUAUCGCUCCGUGCACAAAAUGCGUAAAGUAACACCAAUGCCAAACGCAUCCUAGAAUUGGAAUUAAAAAUGUUAUUUCAGAAGAGUCAAACGGAUAAUAAUUGUUACGCGGCAACUGCAACCGCAACUAUUUUAGAUGAUACUGAACAAAGGAAGCAAUGUUGGAUGGACAGGGAUGUGAACAGCAACCAGACGCAUAGAGCGGAGACAUGCUCGCGCUCCCAACAUGAAUUAUUUAAAUUAGCUGUUGCAUUUAGAAUUUACGGAUAUCAAACAUCAAAGCGAAUACCAAGCUUAGCCUGUCAAUCUGGCCAGCGUCCUCCUAACACACAAGGAUCGAAACGCAAAGGAGAAAGCAGUGGGGACGAGGGACUAGAGAGCCAAAUUGAUAGUGAAACAGUAGAUAUUGAGUGCAAGGAUUCAUUAUCCAGCUCGCUGAACCCUUGCCCUGGCAAGGAGGCUCCCGCCCCCGUAGUUGCAUCUCCGGGUAGCAACAAAUGCUUGAUAUGUCGUGAGGACGAUUGCCGUGGAAAUCUCUAUUGCAAAAUGUUGCCUGUUAACGACAACGAUGGUGGACUGAUGACGCUCAAUCGAAAGAAAUCGGUGGUUCAAAAUAGACGCAAAAGUGCGUUACAAGGUGACGGCCUUACGACGGCUGCCAACGAGGGCGCCGGUAACAGUGAGGUUGAAAAAAGUGGCAAUGACAGUGACCGGUGCAGUAUAUCGCAGAGCUUGUAUUCUAAACCUAAAUCGCCGACAAGGACAUCACAUCACCCUCAUUCAGUGGAAACAUGUCAGUUUUCACGAUUAUCCCAUGCCUCGUCGCUGUUGAAUAACGAUAAUGAGGCUAAUCGUGGCAAUGGUCCUUUGAACUGUUCGUAUGAAUUUCUCGAUUUAAUGCAAAGCCAUCAACUUGGAAAUUAUUCUGAUUCUGAUAUAAGCUCCAAAUCGGAUAGUGAUGCCGGUCUUCUAAACGAAUGUUAUCGUGAACUAAAGUCCUUAUCGCGGGCGUUAAAAUCGCGAGAAACUUUAGAGGAGCCAAUGGCCCCUCUUAAAGUGGGAAUCGGUACAGAAGUGCAGAGUUGUCGAGUUGGUUUGUUUUCUUCCGCAUGCCAAUCGGAGUCGAAGUCAAAAUUGAAAACAUCACAGCCUCGGUCGUCGAAAUUGUCGCCAUCAAAGUCAUCAUCCGCAUCGGUAUCGACAAAACCGAAGAGUAUUUCCAAGCACCGCUCACGUUCGUCAUUCUCGCCAUCAGCACCACCUUCAUUUAUCAAUGGUAUUCUCUGGUUCAUUGUUUCAACGAUAUUGCUAAACCUCACGUUAUCAUUGGUGGUUUCCGGGGCACAAUCGAACGAAGUGGCUGGUUCUGCAUCAGGAGUAUGCACAAGUAUUGACAUUCGCAACAAGGCACAGCAACUACAAAAUCUAACGGGCUGUCGAGUUAUUGAAGGAUUCCUGGUCAUUACCCUAAUGGAUGAAUCGAAUCAGACUGACUUCGAAAAUUUCUCAUUCCCAAAUCUCACCGAAAUCACAGACUUUUUGCUGUUGUACCGUGUGAGUGGCAUAAGAUCGCUAGCCAAAUUGUUUCCAAAUUUAACAGCGAUUCGAGGCAACCAUUUGUUCGAAGGAUUCGCUCUUGUUAUAUUUGAAAAUGCAAACAUGGAGGAAAUCGGUUUAACAUCUCUAACAACAAUUAUUCGUGGUGGUGUUCGUAUUGAGAAGAAUCCUGCUCUUUGCUUUGUACAUACAAUCGAUUGGAAUCGAAUCGCUAUCAGCGCCAGUCCGGAAACGUUAGUUUUCAAGCACAAUAAAGCAACGAACGAAUGCCCGUCUUGUUGGCCUGGAAAAAUGAAGGGCGAAGCGAACGGCGACUGCACUCCUGUGGCAAAUAAGCGCUUUUGCUGGAACCAAACCCAUUGCCAAAAAAUUUGUCCUCCUGAAUGUGGGAAUCGAGCGUGCAAUAGUCAGGGAAAGUGCUGCAAUGAGACCUGUCUCGGGGAUUGUUCCGCAGAUGGGAAUAAAUGUACAGUAUGUCGCCAUUUGGUAGCUUAUGGACGAAAUGGCGAGAAAAGAUGCGUGCAGGAAUGCCCAGCAAAUACGUACAAGCAUAUGAAUCGGCGAUGUGUGACGAAAGAAGAAUGUAUUGAAACUGCAAAGCCACUGCGGAGUAAUUAUGAGAAUAAACCUUAUGUACCAUUCGAAGGAGAAUGCAUGGUCACGUGCAAGUCAGGAUACGAGAAAGUGAAUAAUACUUGCGUGCCAUGUCACAAUAAAUGUUCAAAGCAAUGUGACUCGAUGGUGAUUUUCAGCAUACAUGACGCUGAAAGUUUACGAGGAUGUACAAUUAUCACUGGAAAUCUUAUGAUUAAUAUUCGCCAAGGAGGACCUCAUCUGGUUGAGGAUUUAGAGACUGCCCUGUCAUCAAUAGAGGAGAUCGAUGGAUACUUGAAGAUAAUAAGGACCUACUCUAUAGUGUCACUGUCGUUCUUCCGACGACUACGAGUUAUUCAUGGCAAGAGUCUGGACGAAUCAAAAUAUGCUCUCUAUGUUCUUGAUAAUCAAAACUUGCAAAAUUUAUGGGCUGAAAAUCAAAAUGUGACGAUUGAACGCGGUCGAAUUUUCUUCCACUUCAAUCCGAAGUUGUGCUACAACAAGAUCGAAGCGUUGAAAACCAUUUAUAAAGGAGAACAAUACGUUCGAUGUGCGGAAGUGGCCCGCGACUCGAACGGUGAUCGUGUUGCAUGUGACAUACAAGAAUUGAUUAUUACGAAAAUUACACCAUCCGAAACGGCUGCUAUGCUGACUGUCCAACCAAUUUCUUUCGAUGAUCAACGUGUCUUCCUUGGCUAUCAAUAUUUUUACAUGGAAGCUCCUUUCCAGAACGUGUCCAUCUAUGAAAAUCGUCACGGUUGUGGAUAUGAUUCGUGGAAAGUUGACGAUGAUAAUAAUAAGGAUCACAUGCAUUUAUUUACACAUCUGAAACCAUAUACCCAGUAUGCAGUUUACGUGAAAACAUAUACAAUAGCCAGCGAAAAGAAAGGUGGUCAAAGUAAAAUCGAGUACUUCCGAACAUUGCCAAGUACACCAGAUCCUGUGCGAAAUCUCGAAUUCAAUGUCCUGAACUAUUCAAGUAUUGAAAUAAAGUGGCUCGAACCACGUGAACCAAAGGGAAAUCUAACUGCUUACCAUCUAUCAGCCGAAAUAACAUAUGACAAUCCAUUAAUUUUGGAGCAACGAAAUUAUUGCACUGAACCCAUUAAAGAAACUACCUCCGGGCCCGUAUCCCAGAAGAACCUAAGAAAACCAACAAUAGCUAAUGAGGAAUCAUGUCGCGCCAUAUGCAAGGACCUAGAUAGACCGAGCAAACCCUUAGAAGAAUCCCCUGACCGUGAAAAUGCAAUCGAUUUCGAAGAUGCAAUUCAGAAUUUCGUUUAUAUUAGACGAGUUCCUGAGGAUGAUCAGAAACGACAAAAACGAUCCGCUCGUUCAAUCGAUACGAAUCCAGCGAAUACAUUACCACAGCAAAGUGAUGACGACGAACACUCUCCGAGAGAGGUGUUGCGUAAAGUCAAAACGCACGGUGCAUAUGAAAUCUACGGCGAGAGUGUGAAUGCCAGCACCAAGUCAUUCAUUUUUACUGACCUAAAACAUUAUUCAACGUACAAAAUAUAUGUAAGAGCAUGCCGAGAAGGAGAAGGUAAAAACUGCAGUAUGGAAACUCGAAUCUACCCACGAACUGCUAAGAAAGAUGGUGCCGACGACAUUCAGAAUCUCACUACUCAUAUCGAGAACAUAAACAAUACUCGAAACAAUGUUCGUCUCUCCUGGAAGGAACCACCAAAUCCGAACGGUUUGAUUGUAUCAUACUCGAAGUAUUAUCGAGUAGAUAUCGAGCACGCGAAACAUGUUGAUAAAUGCAUAACCUACCGCGAGUACAAAAAUUCAACCAAAGGCUAUAUCUUAUAUGAUUUGGAUUCAGGAAACUAUAGCGUACAAGUCAUGGCGACAUCUUUAGCUGGCGAUGGCAACUAUUGCAAGCCAGUGUAUUUUACAGAAUCUCGACUUAGCUGGCAAAUUAUCACUUUAAUCUGCGUCUCCGUCCUUGCGUUCUUUAUCAUAGUCGGUUUCAUCAUAUGGUACUUCCGAAGGCGGUGGCUUCGUCCUCCCGAUGACCUUAAACUUUUCACUUCCGUUAAUCCAGAGUACAUUAGCAUGCAAUACACACCAGACGAAUGGGAAAUUCCGCGUGAGAAAAUCAUCCAAAUCCGAGAGUUGGGCCAAGGGUCGUUUGGUAUGGUCUAUGAAGGGAUGGUUAAAAAUCUGUCUAAGGACGGUGAAGACAUUCCGUGCGCUAUUAAGACCGUGAAUGAAAAUGCAACCGAUCGAGAGAGAAUAAACUUUUUAAAGGAGGCUAGCGUGAUGAAGGCGUUCGACACUUACCAUGUGGUUCAUCUGUUGGGCGUGGUGUCGCGUGAUCAACCAACACUUGUUAUCAUGGAACUGAUGACAAAUGGUGAUUUGAAAGGGUAUCUACGGUCGAACCGACCUGAUUCGGAACAAGCGAAGAGUGGAGAAGUUCAAGUUCAGCCUCCAACGCUAAAGAGAAUAUUACAAAUGGCAAUAGAAAUAGCCGAUGGAAUGGCAUAUUUAUCAGCUAAGAAAUUCGUUCAUCGCGAUCUAGCUGCACGUAAUUGCAUGGUAGCGGAAGAUCUAACGGUCAAGAUUGGGGACUUUGGUAUGACGCGAGACAUCUACGAGACGGAUUAUUAUAGAAAGGGGACGAAAGGUUUACUACCUGUGAGAUGGAUGGCACCCGAAAGUCUGAAAGAUGGUGUAUUUAGCAGUUCGAGCGAUGUGUUCAGCUAUGGAGUUGUGUUGUGGGAGAUGGCAACUCUUGCAUCUCAACCUUAUCAGGGCCUUUCAAACGAUCAAGUCCUUAGAUAUGUUAUCGACGGUGGUGUUAUGGAGCGCCCAGAAAAUUGUCCUGACAAAUUAUACAAUUUGAUGGGACGUUGUUGGCAGCAUCGACCAUCAGCAAGGCCAACGUUUAUGGAAAUAAUCGAACAUUUAUUGGACGAUGCCAAUCAAAAAUUCCACCAAGUAUCUUUCUUCCACUCACCGCACGGACAGGAUCUCUAUAAGCAAAUGCAAACGGUUACUGAUAUUGACGACACGACUCCAUUACGAAUGGGUGACGAUGAUUUUAAACUUGACGUUGGUGAGAAUUACCUGAUGGAUCGUACUGACAGUCAUUUAGUUCCCGAAGAACCACAACACUCGCCGUAUAGCUUUGGUUCUGGAAUAGCAAUCAACAAUAUCCCGGAUGGCACAUCAAAACAAAAUAAUGAAAAUAACAGUCCAUCAAGAGUAACAACAAAUAAUAAGAAUAAGGAUACAGCAUCAACUACAACAACAGCCGCAACAGUACAAAGUUUUAGUAAUAGUUUAGUUCCUCCGCGUUUUCGUCGUAUGUGGCGGAAUGCAUUUCUAGGAAAUGGUAAUAGUAACUAUAGCAAUAGAAGCUGUAAUGGAGGAGGAGGAGGCACAGCAGCAGCAGCAACAGAAGCAGGUACCUCGUCGGGAGCUGAGGGAGGAGCAAAAGCAUUAGGAACAGGAAGCAAUAGUGGUGGCGGUUCAAACAGUGGAAGUGGUGUCAGUUCAGGAUUGAGUGGCAUUUUCAGUGGACUUAUGGGAUUUGGUCAUAACGGUGGUAGUGGAAAUAGCGGUAAUUCUAGAUCGUUAGCGAAGGAUUUCACGUCCAAAGGUAAUCAAAAAAUGAGUCAGGAGACUAUCACAAAUCCAUUAUUGAAUGAUGUAUCAUUCGAUGAGAUUACAUCACAAUCUUUGACAAAUGUAUCGCCAAAUUCAAGAAUUCCAUGCAAUCAUAACGACUCUAAGGUAAAAAGUAGUAGUUUAAGUUCUAGCAAUAGGUCAACACAACUACCGUCCACGGCGUCGACGUUACCAUAUCAGAAGCAACCCCAAAAACUGGACCCGGAGAAUCCGUCUGGCCAACAGUGGCUUUACUCGAACGGAUUUGUACCAACGAACAAUCCAACUACUCCAUUGUUAUCAUCAGGAACUGCAUCUCAGCCGCAUCGUGUAAGUAGUGGUAAAGGCUUCCGUGAAUUCCAGUCCCAGAUACCUUCAAGACCCUAUGUUAAACCUGGCACCGAUCACGACUUGACCCCAGAAACAAAUGACAAUGCUACUGGCAGAUAUACCGGUCUACAACAACCUCAGUCGUCAAUGCAUGGAAUUCGCAUGGGAGGCGAAGGAAAAACAUGUGAAAGCCAAUCUCCACCAUCAACCUCAUCAUAGGACAAACAGAACUAAAAAUAAAAAAAAUAUAAACAUAAUUGAAAACAACAACCCCCUCAAUCAUAACACACUGUUCGCAUGUUGUUGAUUAUUUUCAUCGAACCCUCCGUACAUUACACCCCUCUGUUAUACAUUUUUAUCCCGCCCGCAAAUACAACACUCAUUUGAUUAAUUUUUGUUUAAUCAAAUCGAUUCUACGAAGCCUAUACAAGUUUUUCAUUUCUUUCAUAGAAAUAAUAAUAGUACUAGUGAAAAAUAGUGUAAAUUAAUCGUAUGAUAAAUAUUUAAUAAAUGAAGAGGAAAUUACACAUCCAUUGUUUGAAAAUGAACAAAACAAAGCAAAAGGACGAAGAAAAACAAAAAAAUGAUUACCAUUUCGACACGACCUGUAAAUAUAUUAGAUGUACGUUUAAAAUAACAGAACACAAAACAAACAAAUACACACAAAACCAACAAACACACCAACUACUACAUACAUUUACGAUAAACUAAAUAUUAUACAAACACUUUACAUUACAUUUUUAAUCCCUCCUUCAUCCACACACAACUCAAUUUUAUUUUAUUCUUAUUUUUCAUUCUAUUAACAUAACAACAAUUGAAACACGAAGAUUUAUUUCGAUUGCAUGUGUAAAUAAAUUUUAAGCUAUUGAAACAUGUUUUUUAAUUAAAUAAUGAUCAUAAAAGUUUGGCUAUUGUAUAAAAAGAAACACUACAAAUACUAAACAAAUGUAAGCGUUAGAAUAGACAUGAUUCGCAUGAAAAUGAAACCAAUUUUUUACAAACAAAUUAGUGAAAGAAAAACUUCAAACGAAAAUUGAAAAAUGCAUGUUGAAACUUUUGAAAAAAAAAACUUAAAAAUGUGUUUACAAAAAAAAAUGUUGACAAAAAAAAUUUGUAGAUUAGUAAGUGAGUCAAAAUAUGAUAAUUUAAAAAUAAUUUUAUCGAUUUUUUCUUCUUUUCUUCUUUGAUGUAAAGCGGAAACAGUUUUAAUCUAAUUCUAAAAUGUGUCAUUUUUUUUUUAAAUUUUCUCUCGAAAAAGAAUAAAUAAGCAGCAAAGUGUAGCAAGAGAAUUGCUUACUUCUAGCAUGAGUUGAUAAUUGUUAAGAGAAGAGCUACUGUCGUUCGAUUUGAAUAACUCAUAAAGAAGUUGAUGAAAACAAAACAUCACAUUUCAGUGCAUUAAAUAGCGAAUUUUAUAUCCUUUAGUAAAGUUUCUCGAUUGAAUGUUAGAAGCGAGGAUGGGCAUAGUUUCUCAUCCUAUUACGGAGACAUCUCCCAGUAAAGCCUUGCUAGUUACAAAUCGCUUGUUUAUGAUUUAUUUGUACUUUGAAAGCCAACGAUGUGACGUUUAUUAUUCAGCAGUACUUCCUAGCUCUUGUUGGAAUGCUGCUACGCCAAUCUCCCCAGUGAUAGUCACAGAAACGUGGGAUGUCCUGCAUGCAUUCAUUUAAAUUUCAUAUAUUUAAUAGUAACUAUUUUGAAAAUGUUUUUGCUUAGGAAAUUUCGCACUUUUAUUUUAUCACUGUAAAGAAUUCUUAGUCUAAUUAUUCUGUUGUUGUAUUCUCUAAAUGAUAAUUUUAAUCGACAUAUUUGAUAAUGUACUAAUUGAAUACACUCAAGUGUUAAACGGAAAAGUAGUACGUUUCGAUAGUAGUAAGUGCAUUUCUAUUAGUAGAUUCAUUGCAAUGCUUUAUUGUUUAAGAGAAGUGUUCAGGAGAUAGGUUCUUAGGGUGAUAAAUCAUUUAUUAAACAUUCAACGAUGCGAUGCAAACAUACCCUCUCUGAUUUUCCCAUUUAUUUAAAUAGUAGGCAGCAGAAUUACUUUCAUAAUUUAUACUCUCUAAUGCCAGAUUUACCCUCAGAGAUCGCUUACACAAAAAUGAUUUAAAGUCUUCGGGGCUAUUCCUGGCCAUCGGGUCUAUCUGAAUUCCUGCUAUAACCCAUAAACUGGAAUUUGGCAGUUGGCAGGAAAUUCCCAUUUUUGUAGUACUCUAGUAACAAAAAUGAAAUAGCAUAAAAUGCCCCGACCAAAGCUCCAAUCUUGAUAUCUAAAUGAUCACCAUAGACUUUGUAUCGUGAAAAUGAUAAACUGUUUGUUAUCUUUGGCCGUUUGCCGUUUCAUAGCUUUUUUUCUUAAAAAAAUGUUUGCUCCAAUAAAUAGGGCAGAAUCUUCUGAACCGAUAUUUCUCUAAUAUACCUCAUAAAAACUCACAGAUAAAACAAACAUUUUCCAGAGGUAAAUCAAUCCGAACCAUUUUUUUUAAUAAGGAGUUCACCAUAGUUGUCUGCUACUGAUUGGAAAAUUUUAAUUUAAUUACAAUAAAAAUUGAUUGUAGUCAUGCUGCUCACAGUAAUCCUUGGUAAGGCAGCAGUGAAGGGGUUGCUGGUGUUGCUUGUGAUCAUUUUUUGUGUAAAACAAAACCUUAUUAAAAUCGGUUUACUGUAUGUCUGUCUGUCUGUCUAUCUGUCCGUCACACGCAUUUUUCUCGGAGACGGUCAUAACGAUUGACACCAAAUUUGGUGAAAAGGUGGCCCAGCUUCCGGUUUCCCGACUUGUUGUUAAAAGAAAGUUAUGUAAAUUAGUGUAAAUUUGAGUACAGUUGAUUAGUUUCCAUAGCAUUUGAUCCUCUUUUUGUGACCAAAAUAGUGCCUAGUUCAGUCAGCUUGUCAGAUCCUACAUUGCUGUAUGAUGGCAUGUAGUAAUUCUACAGUUGGUAACUUGUAUAAUGCUUAUAUAAUCAUAUAAAUACAACACGCCUCGAGUUCAUAAAACUGAAAAUUCUUUGUUACCUACUAAUAUUCUAGAUUCAUUUCUAACACCUUUUUUUAAGAUGGAAUUUCCAAGCGCGCCAUUCAUAGUACAAGCCGCACUGACUACGGAAAAAUUUUCUCUAAAUAUGUCGUCUUUUCUCUUUCAUCUCUAUUAAUGGCUUUUCGUCAACUAGUCUAGUUAUAAUUUUCUUGCAUAAUUUUCAUGCUGACCUUGGAAUAUCCUCAAAGUGUUCACCCCGGCCCUAGAAUAUCAAAGAAGGAAUAUCAAUCACAAAAUGUUUAUCCCGGACUCGGAUUUUAUCUUUACGAUCUGUUCCUCUUGAUAAACAAUAAUCUAAUCCCACAUUAUCUGCGUUCAAUCUUCAGUUCCAGUACUAUCUAGAAGCCAUUAAAUAUUACUAUUGAAUAUCUAAGUUAUCACUCUAAUUCUUAACAUCAAAUGAUUGUAUACUUGGACUAUACUAAACCAUAAGCUUUGCUUUAGAUGAACCUUGAAAGUUACCGCCCAGUUGGCACUACCUCAGUAAAAUGAGCGAUAUCUAUUUCUAUCUAUUCAAGAUGAGCCCUUUUGAACACAGAAAUUCAGCAAUAUCUAAUUCCACGUAGAAUUUCGUUUUUUUCGGUUUCGUUACAGAGACUGGCGUUCAUUGAUAGAGAUGCUCACCUAUGAAUAACAUAUUUGGCCAAUGCUUUACAUGUUUCGCAUCUUUGGCGAAGUUUAAAUUAAAAUAGUCAAAAUGACUAUAAAAAACCCGUCAAAAGGCUGAUUUCCAGAUAUUUAUAGUGAGCGUUUGAGUAAAAUUAUAUAAAUUAGAUUGAAAGUCCCAAUUGUUUUCUUCCAAUUCUAUCAAGUUUAUUUUUCUUGCAAAUAUUUAUAGUAUAUCUGGCCAAUUAUUUGCUAUUUUCCUUCAGUACUAGAACUCAAUCAUGGAAAUAUGGAUUAUAUUUGCCGAAAAAAUAAACUUAAUAAAAGCCAAAGGAUGCAAUUCGGAUUUUUAGGUCAAGUUUUUGAUAGUUUUUAUCGAGAGGAAAUAUCGACUUCAGAUAGAUUUUAACCAAAUUCCAAGAAUCCUGCUUGAUUAGAAAUAUAGCCAACUUGAAUUCCUAGUAUUUUCGGCGGUCCAGGUGGUUAACCGUCUUUAGUGACGUUUCACGUUGAAGAGACGUGAUUUCAAUAAACAUUCACAAGGUAGCAAUAUGUAUGUGCAUACUACCUGUCUUCCACAUGCACAUGAUACUCUGUGACGACGAUCGUAAAUUGUAUACGUAAAAAAUUUCAUGACACCAACUUAUGCUAAGUUUCUUGCAUUUCAUUAGGCACAUUGUAAAUGUGGCCUUACAUACGUUCUACUAAGUCGCGCUGAUUACGCUCAAACUGAAUUUGGUAGUGAACAUGUGAAAGUAUAGGCGCAAUAGGUACAUCAAAGCGACUAGUUUUGCACUGGUUAAACGACAGUAGUAAUAAAAUCAAAGGUGCGUCAAAUCAUCCCGCUGUCCAACGAGAGAAAUACCGAAAAAAAAGAACAGACUAUUCGUUUCCACUUGGAUUUUCAUUCCCUUAAAUGGAAUAGAGUAUGACAGAUUUUGAAGACGUUUUCGCGCUGAUAAGCAACCCAAAUCCAAAUGUCGACAUCAUACCAACCAAGUAGCUAGAGCUUCAGCAACGCGUAUGUACAUUUGGCUUAAAUGCUUAAAAUAAUUAUUAAUUUAUUUCAACUAUCUCAAUUUCAUUAAAGAAAUGAUCCAAUUUCGGCAGAAACGUUUGUAGUAAAAGAGAUUUUAACGACAGUACAGCAGAAAUUUGUUUUAAACUUAAAAAUAUACGACUAAGCUGCUUAUCAAAUGCUUUGAAAUAAUUAAACCACUUAUUCAAGUAUUUUUGAAAAGUAUUUCAGCACAUUUCUGUGGAACGAUUUUCAUAAAUUUGAAGACAAAUCCUAAUCGCUGGCAUCGAAUCUAGAAAAUGUUGGAAGUUGAAAUAAUCCAAUUUCAUUGUCGCCUUUCUCUGUGCCUUUCAAAUGUGGUUGCCUUUUUAUGUCUUCAGUUAGUAGUCAGGCAGUUACCGAUUUUUCCCUUCCCUUGCUUCCUUUUCCUAAGACUUGGUGAAUAUUUUCUCACCUUAGUCCCAAAAGUAUAGGACUGGUCGCAGUCUUGCCUGAACAAUACACUAUUGUGUAAUUUAGUGUAAUAAUCCUUUUAUAACUUGCCAAGAAUUGACGCGAAAGUGAUGGAUUAUGGAAAAACGAUGAUGCCUAGGCUCGUUUUCAUUCCUACUGAAUAUUCAGCCAAAAUUUUGCUUGGUUGCUUAUGCUCUUCUGUCUGUAGUAAGCAUAAGAUUGAACUUGCAUUGCUUAACUAAUGUGGGAUGUUCAUUUAAUAGCCGGAAAAAUUAAUUUUAUAGAUACAUACUGUCUUUUUUGUAUCAAUAGACGUAAUUGUUCCCACUUUUGUAGGAUCGGUAUAUUUAUUAAAAGUUAUUUUUGAAAAUUCUUCGUUCAACACCUUUAUCGUGGUAGAUAAAUUUCCUGUCUGAUAGCCUCGAGAGUACCACAUGGGUUCAUUUCAUGCCUAACUUUAAAUAAUGUCUUCACGAUUCACUUUACUAUCUCUGAGAUUAUGAUCACCUGUCUUCUCUUCAAUCUUCCACUCUAGUAAAGCAACUAAAGGCGUUCGAAGCUAACUAACUGCCAGUUAACGAACCAAAAAUCCCAUUUGUUCAUAUGUUUCACGAAAAAUGUACCUACCUGUCCUCUAAAUAUAUCGGUACGAAAGCUAAAUAUUUGAGACUGAAAAUUGAAGGCCCAUCAAAUAUCUGGAAAUGCUCCAUGAAUUAUUGAAAUUUGCAACCAUCAUGAGUUCGUUACCGCCGAAAUGUGGGCCAGAGUUGGCUUCAUAUACUCUUUUUUUGCAUGAAAGUAUGCUUGAGCAACAAGAUAAAGUUAAUCCUCUUUGAAGCUCUAACUUUUGUUACAUGAUUACCACUCAACAAGUCAUUAAGUAAUUCUAAGCAAACAUGCAAACUGCGUAUGUGGUUCAGGUUUUGUUAGACUUGAAAUUAAGUUAGUUCGCUUGAAAAUUUUGGCUUUUCAUAUCGAGUAUAGGAGAUUUAAUUUUCGUCAACAAUUUUGACUUGUUCAACUCCUUUGGUAUUCUUGAUAAGUGUUUUCAAAUUUUUCUAUUCAUCACGAAUCACUUCUUUCUUGCCAAUUAAUUUGAAGUGACCGUGUAGAAACUCUUCUUAAUAUAUACCAGUUGCAUGGAUUCUGCCCGUCUAUUUUAUUCGAUUAUAUAAAUAUAUCAGGUUCAAUUUUGAUAGAUUUUGAAAACUCCGAAUAUAGCUUUCCUGAACCUCUUUGUUGGGCUUAAUCUUACGAUUGUCCGAAUAAUAGUGUCAUCUAUGGUUCUUAUCGUCAUCUAUGAAUGAUAGAAGACAAAAAUAGAUACAAGGGUUAUGUCAUAAAUAAUGUUUAUUUUUAAUAAUUACUGCAUUCCAACGUUGUUCAUCUGUCGGAUGGUUUGGGUAACCGUAGAGAGACUGAAGCAAUUCCUUCCAGCCAUAUUCGUGUAGCUUUUUGGUUACAACGGUUGUUAUGGAGAAUGAGUAGUCCAGUGUUGAGCAUUGAAGCCGGUUCUUGUGCAUUUUUCUACGUAGAUUUCACAGGAUCCACAAUAAUAAACUCGUGAGACACUAUUUCCACAUGGAACCCUAACUUCCAUGAUGAUUCCUUGGUUAUCGUAUCGAUCAUUAUUUAUUUGACCUUUGAUUGUGCACUUCUCCACCCGUUGAACUGCGAUCUCAACUCAAGCUCAAAGUCUCUGGUCCAAUUUGUAACGAUCGUAACAAUUCGACUCAAGAAAGUUUGAGGGUCAAUAUCGAAUUUUCGUGUUUCAGCAAAAUUGCAAUUUUUCUCUUCUUUAAAUCAUUUGUCUGAAUUCGGUAAAUUUACCUCAGCGAAAUUCCAUCUUAUGCGAGAGCAUCAGUCACAAGUUUCGCACUUCGGUUAUUUGUUGAUGUCCUCGGUUCUCGAAAACGAUUAUACCAUCGAGAAACUUUACUACGAUCUACUACUAGUGAUUCACUACAAACAUCACUUAAAAUAGUUUGAAUUUCUGCCGGUUUUUUCCACAUAACAUUUCAAUCUUAAUAUAUGCACUUUGCUCUCCAACAGCCAUAGUACUCAACAUAGUUCGAGGUCAAUUAGUCUACGAUUGGAGUGCACUAUAAUUGAAACAAAAUAACACGUUUCUUUCCCAAGUCUUGAAUUACAACUGACCUGUUGCACAUUGUUGCUGUAUUAUCUAUCCCGCAAUGGUACCAUUCUGUGCAAUAUUUAUAAAAUAUACCCCGUAGAACGUCAAUAUAUUUAUUGUGCAUCUUGCUGUGCUGUUGUGUUCUCUUUGUCAAAGGAAUAUUUAAUCUCUUCAAUUGAAGCUUCGAUCCUAACUGCUGAUUAGCUACCAUUAAAUUUGUGAUUCAAGCAGCAAAAGGCGGAAACCAAGAAAGCUACAUAUUUGAGAUUCAUCUCACGGUGCAUUGCUUGUAUCUGUAUGAUAGAAGAAAAACAUUGCACAUCUUCGACUUACUUCAAUCACUUGCGUGUAAAAAAAUUCGCGCAUUUACUCUGGUCGUAUAUGUAAUGCAUGAGAUACAGAGGUAUACAAUAGAAAAUUCUCUAGACGUCAUCAUACGCCGCAGUUAGCAAUGACAUUCUAUCCUGCAUAAAGGCUCGAUUUCGUGGCAGAGACCUUUAAAAAUUUGUGGACGUGCGAAGCAUCGCAUUUCAAUUAUACACCCAUUAUUCAGCAGAGGAAAUUUAUUUCACCAUUAACGAUUCUCAUCUUGAGGUAGUUCAUCUUAGUUGAACUCGAGCGCCCAGCAAUGUUUGAAUUAAUUAUAUAGUAUACAAAGAUUUCAAAAGAGACACACUAGUUGGUACACCCACAAACCUCUUUCAGUUCCCGAGUGACGGUCUAAAAAAUCACAGAUUCACGGAGUCAAGAAUACUAAUAAACCUCUAGGACAUUAGAAAAGCUGUCGGAAAUGCCUACAUUUGCCUAAUUCGUGAAAUUAUCAACUGAAUUCAAUCUUCCAACUGGCAACUGACUGAACGUAGUGCCUCACCUAGGAGCUGUGAGCUUAAAAAAUUUCAUUAUCUGAUACAUUUGAUUUUAUUGGAGCCCCUAUCUCUAUUCUCCUUCGUGUUCCUUCUGAGACUCUAAAUCUAGUUAACAUAGAUUUUAUGGUUCAUUUCAAUUGAUGUGAAACUAAGAUGAAUAUUCUGGUGAUUUUUCAUGACCAGACGAUUUGUCUUUCUUUUCCUAUUACACAUUUACAUAUUUCCGUAUUGACAGUAUGAUGUUUAUGUGGUUUAGAUUUUUUAUCAUGAUUUUCCUUUUCCUAAUAAUUUUAUUUUGCUUGCACAUCAUCAAAUUAUUCCUUAUAAUGUGAAAUGUUUUUCAAUAUAAACUGCUUUUGCUGAUUCUGUUAUCGAUUGACUUCGACUCUGAUUUUCAAUUAAUUUUAUUUCCCAAAACAUCACAUUUUAGUACCUGUAUCCUCAUGUUAUUGUAAUAGCAAUUGUAAAAAUUUUGGAUAUCUAGUCAUAUUUUCUAACAUUUCAAAUCACAAAACGUUCAUGCACUGCCCACUAUUAUUACUAUGCCUUCCUGAUAUAUUCGCGGCAAAGCGGAGCGUUGACUGGAAGGAAAGUUGUCGAUUUAACAAAGGUUGAACCCAAUUUUGGUAAAUUCACCUUCAAUUUAUUUUCUCGAUUCUUGAAAGGCGCUGGUUUAAUUUUAUCGAUAUUCCAAUUUCUAAAUAUUUUCUGUGUCACGCAAUUUUUUGGAUUGGAAAAAGUGAACAUUUCACCUUUCGUUGUCUCAUUUGACAUGAUUUUUUGUAGAGUUGACAUCAUGAAAGAGUUUGUCAGAAGUAAAGGUAAUCACGUGGAAUGAAAUCCAAGAAAUAGGAAGCACUCCGAAGCGGUAAUAAGCCCUUACUAUCAUAUGUAGCAAAAACUGAUAGUCCCGAUCCCCAGUCUUGCCUUCCCUUUUUUAGGAGUUAGGUCGCUGUAGAAAUUUAAAAAUGAAAACUUGUCCUAACAUCUUAAGAAUGGCAUACUCAAAGGAUUGACGUGAGGAAAAUAAUUUUUCUUCAGCAUUAAUUAAAAACAUAUGAUACAACCGGUUCGACUGUGUAUCUGUCAUUUUCUUUUGCAUAACUUUGCAAAAAAAAAUAAUCUUUAUAGUUUAUGAUAUGUGCAAUUAAGGACCCGGAGUUUCGAUUUACCUCAUUGUCCCGCGGAAAAAAAUUCCCAAAAUAUUCUUAUUGGUAGCCUACUACACUGGCCUCUCCCCUUAAGUAAUCUGUAAACAGAACAACUUUCUCCCCAUCCUCCCGCAAAUGAAGCCAAUUUAAACGUUUUUUUUUGUUCAGUUGUUUUUGGUAUUCUCUCAUAUGUACACACAAGCGCAUAUGCAAUUGUACUCACCCAGCUGGGUGGCUAAAUUCAGAAAUGAUGGAAAAUGAUCCCCUUAUGGAAAAGCAAUUUGUACGCUAAUCAAAGGUAACCCUUUCUGGUAGGAGUAUUUUAUCACCGCGUUUAUUUAGAUCUUAUGAAAAUGAAAAUGAUGACUGCUUCAGAUAAAAAAGUUCAUACCUGAAUACUUAGGACAUACUAUUUUUGAAAUUAUGUCUGUAGAAUGUCUGCCAAUUGAUGAUACUUGCAUCAUCUUUCUGAGGAAAAUGAAAAUUUUUGGACAAUCGUCUGAUUUCUCUUUCCGUUUUCCAACUGUUAAUUGCUGGUUGAUCCCUAAGAAACAAAAACAUUUUCUUUUUACCAAACGUCUGCAUCACGAAUGAAUGAAUGGUUUUGCCAAUCACUUGCGAAUGAGAAAAGUAAUUUGUUUAGUAGUAAAAAACAUUGUUUAACUUUAAUAUUCUAUACGUAUAUUUACUAGCUUAAUGCAUAGAUAAAUGGAUCAUGUAGGCGCAAUUAAAUGUUAAAUAUAAAAAUAUUGAAAUAAUAUGGAUGCAUGCAGUGAACAAUUCUGACAGGCAUAAUAUGAUGCGAAAAUUCUCAAACGCCUAUUCAGUGUGAACUGUGACAAACACUGCCCCAACGAUAAAACAUUUUGGGCCCUAGGAUCAAACUAGGACGCAAGGAUUUCUGAUUGAAAAACAAACUACUAAUUAUGUGAAGAGAAAAUUCUAAUUUUCUGCAUUCGUAAAAUUUCUAUAUUAAAGUUACUAAAUUUCUAAAAUGAUUUAUUCGCCUUUACUUUUUGUUCUUCACCUUUACACGUUAAAUUUAUUUUACUUUUUUUCUGUUUUCGGCUGGAAAGCCGGGAAUGGAAACUUUCUCUUUUAUGCCCCUUUCGUUUCUUUGUAAUUGUAAUUGAUAAAAUGAGAAGUAAGAAAUACAUGUAUGUACAUAUGAAUUUUUUCUUUGUACAAAAAAAGAACGUAAGAAGUAAUGCAAAAUUUUUGUCGAAAAUUAUAUAUGUUAAUUGAAAAAAAUUAGUUAUAAUUUGUAAUAAAACAAAGGAAACAUAAAAGGAAUGAAACAAAACAAAAACGAAAAAAUCACAAACGAUUUUUUACAUUUGUUGAUUCUGUAUUUGCAAUGCAGUCUAAGCAAAAGAAGAACAUGGUAAAUCCACAACCCAAAAACAUACACACAGAAAUACUACACAUUUUUUCUAGAGGAAUUAUAUUUGUUUGUAACAUAACAAUUAGUUGAAAUGUACUAUUUAGUAAGUAAUUUGUAUAUGUAUUUGAAUGAUGUUGAAAAAGGAACAGUAAAGAUUAAAGAUUUUAAAAGAAAAAUGUAAAAGAAAAACAAAGGAUUUAGCAAGACAAACAGACAAAAUUCGGUUACUUGCAUUAAAAUUUGCUUUCCUCCAAAUCCACAAAAACACAAUUUACAUACACAUGUUCAAAACAAAACAAAAUAUAAACGCAAUCCCAUUCAAAGUACGAUAUUCGGUUACUUGUAUUCUGAACACAUCGCCAUCAACCAACUCACUCAUCCCAUUCCAAGGAUCAAAAAUAAAACUGCAGAAUGAGUUUUUUCAUAAAUCGUAAUUUUUGAUGAAAUAACUUUUGGAACCUUCAAAAUUGUUGAUUAUAAUGAAAUACAUUGAUUUAUAAUUUGUAAUGUAUAAGAAAAAGGGGAAGUGAAAAAUUAUCGAAAACGAACAGAAAAACUUCUGGAAACUUGUACAAAAUUUCGAAAUUUUUGCAGAUGAAUAUAAUUAAGAAAUGACGAUUUUUAAGACGCUGCUGUUGUAUGCUAAAAACGAUAUAACGCGUAUAUAUGUUUACUAUCUUGUACGUUAUAUAUAUGUGAAGCGACUACUGCAAUAGAAUAGAGCAAAUCCGUUUGUACAUUUAAAAUGAAUCGGUGGAUCGGCACAUUACACACAUUGUAGUGAACCAUCUUGAAAAGUUAAAUUCAAGCUGAUGAUCUUUAUCAAAUCAGUUAUAUGUGUGUCACCGUAGAAUGUAGUAGUUGUACCCCAAUUUGUGUGGCGAAAAAAUGCUCAAAGCCUAUUCCUUCGGAAUCAAAUUGAGCAUUUUCUAUUCUUCAUCGGUUUCUAGCUCGUAUUUCGUCGUAAGAAUGUUCAUUCAAUUGACAACACAAUUUUUGACACUAAAGAUUUUAUGGUAAAUCAAAUCUUUUCAAUAAGGGCUUGUAAGUCGCGAACAUACACCAACAAAGUUAGUGAGAAACCAACAAGUCUGAAGCCUAAAAAAAUGAACAAAAAAAACUAGUUAGGUUUAAAUUUUAUGAAGUAUGCAUACGUACAUAUGAUAUUUAAACUUGAGAAUAACAUCGAGUAUACAACUUUUGAGAUAAAUUGACAAACAGUUUUACAUUUUACACAUCUUUAUAAGAGCCUAACUAUGCACAGGGCAUACUAAAAUAAGUUCUUCAUGAAUAUAUUUACGAAUAUUUUCAAAUGAAGAAGAUCCAGUAUCGAAUAUUUCAGUAUGAACUCCAUCUUUUACAAAAGAAAUAUUCGAUUGGAUUUCAGAAGAAUUGUGAACAUUUCGUGUAUUGUAUGUUCAUGUUCUUUAGUCAAACAAAGUGCUUCUUACGUAAAUCGAAAAUGUGUCAAUAUAAAAUAUAAUAACUAACAAUUAACAAACAAGUUCGAUUCAUUCGCUCUUUAUCGAUCAAUUUAUAUGUAUACAAUGAUGUACUGUAUAAUAUGUGUGUGUUUUUUAUUGCAAACUAAUCAGAAUAUUAUCUGGAUCGAAAACGGUUGAGUAGUAUUCGGGAUGUUUGCAUUGCUUUAUUUUUACCAUAAAAGUUCAAUUUUUGUGGGAAUUUAAUUUCCUUUAUUGGAUAGUUUUUGGUUACUUCAGAUUAUUCCAAUUGAAAAUGUUUCAGAAUUCUCUUUUCUUUUGAAUGUGAUCCUCUCCUUUGAACCCCUUUGAACCAGAAACGAUCAUGGAAUAUCACGUUGCAAAUAUAUUCAUUCCUUCAUUUAAAAUCUGAAAAAAUGAAAAUUUAAGCUAAAUAUAAAGAUCUCAGAACUGCAAGAUUUCGGUCCAGGUUAAUGAGCAUCACAAUUGUAUAAUGCUACGCGCGGACGGAAAUUUCCGAGGUAGAGGAGAAGGAUGCUUUCUACGAGCAAUUAAACGUGGUCCAUUCUUAAAGGUCACAUUGUGAUCGUGAUGGGUGAUCUGAAUGUCAAAGUGGGAUCUAACAACACCUUACUCGGGCAUGUGAUGGCACGGUUUUGGCGGCCGUAACGGUAAUGGUGGGGUGUUCGUGGAUUUCUGCAAUUUCCGCCGCCUCGUCAUUGGUGGCACAUUGUUCGAGCACAGAGUCUGCCCCAAGGUCAGUUGCGUUUUAACUGACCGACGCCGUAGGAGCAAUCAAAUCGACCACUUCGCGAUCAGCGUAACAAGAGGGGCGCUGACAUCGGCCUUGAAAUUUGUUCACUGAACCACUUAAUUUUACGAUUAUUCUAUUCCAUGCUAAAGGAAUCGAGUUUCAUUCCGCUACCAUUCUCUUUCACGUUUUAUGGAAAAAAAAAAUCAAAUGAUUAAAAAGUCAAAGUGAGUUUGGGGGGUUUUCAAGGGUUAAAGAUAUUUUCUGGGAAUAAAUGAAUGUAUUGUUAAUUUUUAUAUUAAAUGUUUAAUACGGUGUGUAGCAAUUUUUGGAUGGCACAAGAUGUAUUGAUAGAAAUUUUGAAAAAAAAAGUUUUCUUAAAGUAACCAACUUCAUUCUUUCUAUUUUCGACAAUUUUUGGCUGAGAAAAAGACGUGCUCACUCGUUUAGGACAUGGAUUUUUUUAACAAAAAUGAAACAAUUACUACACGGCUACGUUGAAACAUGUAGCAAACAAUCCAAACAAUCAGAUUGAUUGGAAGCCUUACCCACUUUUCCUUAACGGCUACUUUUGCGGAGUCCCUGAUCUUUCUGUCGCCGAUUUCACAAAGGUGUUCGGUAAAUAAUCAGUGUAUAUGAUUGUGCGUGCAUCAAAGAAAACUGUAUCUAUAAUCUUUCCGGCCAAAUUCACAAUUCUUGCCUUCGUCUGAGCCCGUUUGCCUUUAAAAACUCACUGAUUUGACUCUUCCUUUGUCUCUGAAGUCCAAUUGUGUAUGUAUGGUCGACAGUAACAUAUUAACACAGAAACUCAUCAGGAUUGGGACAGAAAAGGAGUCGACCACAUCAUUGCGUUUAUUUUCAACGAGAGCAAAUGUGAAACCCAACUUGCUGAUUUUUUUUCACAACCAAUUUUUCGUAUAAUAUCGAAAACACUAUACCCAGCGAUAUCUCUGAUGUGUCAACUAUUUCGUGAACUUCGUUUCAUCGAUAACUCAAAACCAUAUCGUGGAUUAUCUCCAUUAUUUCGGGAGUAAUCACUUCCAUUGGGCGUCUCGAACAACGUUCAUUUCUUAUGGAUGUAUGGCAAUUUUUCAAUUCAUUUACCCAAUCGUAAACAGUUGCACAUACAGAUCCAAAUAUGCCAUGAACUUCUUUCAACUCAUGUUUAACCUAUUUCGGUGUUAAGCCUUUGAAAUAUAAGUGUUUAAUCACUGCUCACAAACUCAUUUUUUACAUCCUUCGAAUUGUGCAAAAGUUUCUUCCUUCUAAUUGAUAAUCAAAAACGAAUCACCUAUCUCUGAUACUUUAUCAUUUAUCUGGUGAAAAAUGACACUUAUUUAAAACAAACCCUUUCUGAUGUAAUAACCACCAUCCCUUGGAUUUUCUAAGGACUUUUUGAACUACCCUUCUCUUCUACUGUCUUCAUUAAGAAAGUACGACAAUUGCGAUAGUUCCCCUUAGAAACCUGUCAAUAAUUAUAAUACAACCAAAAAUGGCAAACCUAUGAAUUUCAAGAGAUCACUGCGAACAUAAAUUUACCCUUGAAGAUUCCGGAAUUUCAUCCUUUCUUUUCGGUAAAGGUUUACAAAAAUUAAAAUAUGGACGAAGACGACUACGGCUUCGUACCAGGGCAGAGGCAACUCAUCUGACGCUGCCUCACCUUUGCUCUGAGAGCAGCGUGACUGAAGCGACUCGUAGGUGUUAUACGUGCCCUUUUAUAAUUCGCAAAACCCAACAAGGGUGUGAAUUAUAUCCAAGAUUCGUCUCCGUCCCUCUUUUAAUUUUUGAAUUCUGGGUGUUAAACACAAAACGAGGAGUCCGUGGACCACAAAGAGUGGAAGCAAGUUGCUCUCCAUUUCAUCGAGUCUGACAUCAAAUGGAUGCGGACUUAGGACUCCUCAAUCCGUAAACAAAAAAGUUUUAAAGUUAUCCUCAUAACCACCGUUCUGGAGUUUCAUAUCUUUUCGAAUAAUAACUCCCAUUCCUUUUGUCUUUGCCGUCACAGGCUGUACAAAUUUUGAUUAUUAUUCCUAAAACUGAUCGUUUCAUAUUUCUAUCGCACUUUAAAUUUUCAACGCAAUAAAUAAUGUGUUUCACUUAAACACCACAAAAGCAAGUUAAAUCAAAGGCUUAGUAACUAAUGUGACCCUCUUGGCUUUUAUUCGGUCGAAAAUCUAUUUUUUUUUCAUGGAAUUGAUCAAUUUAUUGAGCCACUCGGUAUCAAGUUGUCAUGAUUCCCUACGAAUGGCCAUUUUAAGUGUUUCCACGGAAUAAUAUUGGCGAUUUUUAACAUAAAUACAUCUAAAAGAAUUCUUCAAAUAUUCUCUACAAGGUUUAGGCUUGGUGAACAGACCGUCUAGUCCAUCACCUGAAUUGAAUGCCUUUUAAGCCAAUAGUUGCAGUUGCAGAACUGAAGUGGAUUUUGGCAUUAUCCUGUUGGGACGGGGCUUUUUUUCAGUAUGUGCUAUGAAAGGCUGUAGAUUUUUUCUAAGUUAUUCAAUAUAGUCCCUACUAUUCAUCUCAAACGAUAUAAAUUCUAACAUCACGAAACCACAGCAAAAAAUUUUCUUUACGAAAUAUUGCGUUUUUUUCCUCAUCCCAUCUGUAUGAAUUCACCCAAUACAACCGUCCAAAUUUCACUUUUUCUCGUCAGAAAAGAGGAGGUGGAAAAUUACAAAUUCAUAUAAACGAUAAACGAAAAUCACAUACCAUGUAACGGACUCUUCCUUAAUGUGUCUCCAUAUUUUGUUCAGCAAAACAUAAAUGGGGUCCAAUAUGCCGACUUAAAAAUCAUGAAGCUAAGUUCAUUUUAGCCCUACAAAUAUUGGGAUUUCAAUGAAAUGUUCUCCAAAUCGUUGUUUUCGACAUUUUUUUUUUUUGAAUCAGAACUGUCCAACUAAACUUACUAGAACAACGUAAAACUUUAAUUUCAUCCUGAGAAGUUACAAUUUGAGACUUUUAAAAAAAAUAUUAACUUACACGAUAACACUAUAACGACCGAUUCCCCUUAGAAUCUCACUAAAAAUUUUCUUUUUCCGAAAUCAGGAGGUGACGCACCGUACGACAUCUUAAAUUUUUAGUGAAAAUCUCAAUAAGUGUUACAAAUGAAUCCAUUUUCACAUGAAAAUAUUGCACUUCAGUAUCUUUAGUUUGCUCUUUUCCAAUGGUGGAGCGCUGUCCUCACGUACCCGAGGAAGGGCGAUCAGCCCGAGUCUAGAGCGGCUCUUGCCACGAAGUCUCACUAGAGGUUAUCUGAUAUCGGGAAUUACGAUGGCUCUCUGAGAGCAUAAAUUUUUGGGGAAUUUCCGAGGGAUGUGUUCUCGGCCCGGUUGUUUGCGGUUGGUUUCCUUGUGGGAGUUUCGUGAUGGUUGUGAUUAUCGUGGUAUCAGAGGCAGGUUGGGCUUGCGCUGUACAACUCGGAGGCCUUAACCCUUAAUUUCGACAGAGGUAUUAGAUAGGCCUCGCAUCCACUGGUAUGAAUGCUGAACCUGCCCUCUAUAUAAACCAGUACUGGUUUGCCAGUCACGGCAGAACUCUGAUUGUGAUCUCCAAACCUUUCAGGACAGAUACUCACGUCCAACCCCAGGGACCUUUACGUUGUUUCAUAAUACAUCACUAUAUCUAUGAAACGCAAAAAAAAAUGAUUAAAUUCAAGGAAAGAUAACAGGGCUUUAUUGCUCACGCAGCUUUUUAAUCUGUUGCUAUAGAAUUCACAGAUAUACAAUAUUUUUGGGCAGAAAUUAUUUUAUAUUUUUAGAUGGGUGAUAAAUAUGAAACGGAGUGAACAUUUUACUUCAACGUCGCCAGACACUUCAUUUAUGAAGUUCAAAUCCAUCUAUUUAUUUUUGGGAGAGAAAAAACUAAAUCUAAAGUCAAAAUGUUGGGAGCUUGUAUCUAUCGUUUAUUUUAUGAAAUCAUAGAAGAAAUUAUAUGAGUUUUCUGCAAUUUAAUCAUCAUCCGUCAAAAAUCAAUUCUCGAUGAAGCAUGCAAACUACAGGAAAUACAUCAACCAUUCGAUUCAAAAUUGUAGCUUCUUUGAACUUAUUGGAAGUACAAUUUUAUGCUAAAAUCUUAUUUGUUUUGAAUAUAGUUUUCAAAUUUUAUUUCCAUUAUCAAACCUUUGCCAUUCUGAAAUAAAGAUUUGCGCCUUCCGGAAAAUAAAUGUGAAGUUACUGAAAAUAUGUGGAUUGCAAAUAAUAUUAUAUUUUGAAGCUAAAUAUGCUUUCAGCAUUUUUUCUAUAUAUUCACAACAUUGUCGACAUAAUUUUCAGAAUACAGUGUCUGACUUUCAAGUAUUUUACAACUACGCCACAUUCCUUGAGUGUGGCCCGAUUGUUUUUACUAUUAAAGACGGUAACUUCUCCCCAUUUAUUUUCCUGUAGUCAUCACCUCUAACAAGAAAUAUCGAGUAAUGCCACACAACUUCAAAUUAAUUUAAACUGGUUUUACCAAAAAUUAGUCGUCAAUAGCUAAGUAAGAAAGGAGAAAAAGAAUAAAAGAAAUUAAUUGAAUAUACCCGUAAGAAAAACUACUUGAUUUAUACAACAGCAACGGCGACAGCGAUUUAACCAAAGAUAUCGUCUUUCAGAGGAAAAACUACUACUAUUUUUCCUUAAUGCAAUGAGGACAUAUUCGCAAUUUGUAUAAACAUCAGAAGCAUAAACGAAUAAUUACUCACUACCCUUUCAACCAAAAUAAUAAAAUUCAAUUUCAACUCAAGACAGAAUAAAAAGAAGCAACAAGGCAUCAGGCCAUGUUUUUGAAAAUAAAAAAAAACCAUCAAGCGAAAAUAGAAAACAGUGGAUGGUUCGUCACCGAAUGCAAAAUGUAUCCCACGCCUAACUAGCAUCAGAAACUAAGAAGAAAUAGAUGGAAUUAUACAAUUAAACUAAAAUAAAUAGGUUUUGUGCGCUUAAACUUUGUUCUAGAAAAUUCUCAAUAGGUAAAAUGUUUAAAUAAUAUUUCUAUAUUUAAAGUAAUUUUAAAAUAAUUUUGCAAUAGUACUUUUUUGUUGUUAUAUUGUUUAUAUUACACAUUUUGUAUGCUUACGAUAGAACAAAAUCGGAUUUAUUUAUUCUUGCAAAUAUACUACAGAAUACAACUACUAUUGCUACACUUACACAGUACAUUUACGAUGCAUAUAUAAACACUCAAUUACACAAAAUCCUAACUUAGACCUACCAAUAGCAACAUCAAGUGUGAAAAUGAAAAACUGUAACAAAAGCAACGGCAACAAUGCAACUAUGUUUUAAGAAAUAGCCUAAAUAGAAACAGAGAAAUCAAAACUGAUACAAGAGAAGCGCAGAAAAUAGCGUUAAUUUGAGACCUCCAAAUGCCUAAUUUAAUUUUACUGCAUUUAAACAAUAGCAAACCGACUGGAAAAUAUUUAUACAAACAUACCUACGAGGAAAUAGACAUUGCAAAAAGAGUUGAAAUGAAUUUAAGACCGAACCGGAACACAGAAUAAUAAACCUUUAGACAAAAAACCACAAAAAAUGGCAACUAUUUAAAUAGACAUAGAACCAUGAAAUAAACAUGAAAACUCUGUACUUUUCGCUAAUUAAAAAGUUAAAGCAAACAUUAAGCAUAACAGAAAAAAUUAAGUAAUAAUAACAACUACAUUCAAUAGUCUUCAAUAGCUAUAAAUUUCGGAGAGUAAGAGAAGGAAUGUUGAAACGCGAAUCAAAUGCCCAAAAACCCGAUCGCAUUUAUAUGUAACUUUAUAUGCAUAUAUAACAUACAAACAGCUAUGCAAGCAAUUACGUACGUAAUCCUAAUUGUCGACUCCUCUCAACUAAAAUAUUUCACACACGUUGUUCGUAUCGGUCAUCUGCAUUUUUGUCUCUUACUCUUCAGAUUACUUUUCUGAACAUAAAACAAUACAAGUAAAAAAUAGUUUAAAAUAGAAAAUAAACAUAAAACCGUAAUAUUUAAAAUAAAUAAAUUAAUUCAUAAUAGUUUAACGAAAAAGAAAUAUUAUUAUGAUGAAAUUCAAAAGCAUGAAAAAAGUACACUCAGAAAGACUGAAAUAUAUAGUUCCUUUGUUUUUAUGUAAAAAAAAAUAUGAAAAAAUUGAAAAAAUUGAAAAUAAAACUAAUCA